AUGAAUAAUGGAGGUUUUGUUUUAUAUUUUGGGGGGGGGGGUUGGGGGGGGGGGGGGGGGGGGGGGGGGGGGGGGGGGGGGGGGGGGGGGGGGGGGGGGGGGGGGGGGGGGGGGGGGGGGGGGGGGGGGGGGGGGGUUUUUUGUGUGUGGGGGGGGGGGGUUUUUUUGGGGGGGGGGGGGGGGGGGGGGGGGGGGGGGGGGUGGGGGGGGGGGGGGGGGGGGGGGGGUUUGUGUUGUGUGGUGUGUGUGUAG